CACUCAGCAGUCAGUAAUCAAUAGACUACGAACAAUGUGUGUGUGUGUGUGUGUGUGUGUGUGGGGAGAGGGGUUAAAUUGGGCAGGAGACAUGGAUCAAGCAAUCAUAAGGGGAAGUGGGGUUAAAACACAGUAAACUGUAAUCUCCUACAAUACAUUUACAUAAAUGUACAUUUACAAAAAUAAAUAUAUGUAUUUGUAUGUAAUUAUAAAGAUACAAACUUUGCCUAAAUUUGUCAUUUCUGACAGCAUUCAUUAAGCUCCCUGUUCAUUUUUUUUGUUUGUUUGUUUAAGCUUGCAUUAUGGACAAGAAUGCCCAAGUUAAUUAAAAUGGUUUAAAUUAAUUAUUUGUUUAUAUUUUGGAAAAUAGAACUAACAAAGUUCAUCAAAAAAUAUCUCAGGCAAAUAUAAACAAAAAUAAUAAUUGGGGGAGUGAGUGGGUUUGGGGAACCUUCUGCAAUAAUGGGCGGGAGUGGAAUCAAAACAAUCUUACCUUGCAUAAUUGUGCAUACAAGUUGCCCUGGAGAUCCUGGAAACUUCUGGAAACACUCUCUGAGGUAUUAUUGCAAGUGCCAUAAGGUAAGUGAUGACACUUACAGACGUUCCACAGCAUUAAAUCUACAUUUACAUUUACAUUUAUUCAUUUAGCAGAAGCUUUUAUCCAAAGCGACUUACAAAUGAGAAAAUACAAGCAAAGUCUAAAACUAACUAAAAGUCUACAUCUAACUAUAAACUGUUAAAAUGUGUGAUGUGUCAUUCAUUAGUAAAUUAAUAAUCUGUAUAUUCAAAAACACUUAUAUUCGAAAAUAAUCCAAUUUGGCAUGGUAAACAUUUUGUAUUUUCAUUUAACCAUCUGUCGUGUGUUCUUCCCUACGUGCAGUAUAUACAGCGAGCCAUUUUGACCACAAUGGCCUUCCACAGAACUGAUGCUAUGUCAGAAUUUGAAUAGUUCACCAGUUUAGUGCCAGUGUGUGAGAGAGGCUUUCAGAAAAGGAGGAAUAGGCUCAUGAGACAUGACCUCUCUUCAACAGCUUAGAACAGGUUUAUUCUGGAACUUGUCCAGAAAUGUGUUCUGUCAGACAGUCUUGUUCAUCAUCUGUGUCAACCCUCUCCAUAUUUCUCCCAUGAUGCCCAGCUUGCGUUCGGCUUUCUCUGCCACACGCAGCACCAGCAUGUUGGGUGGCUUUCAGCGAGUCGUGACCUUUGACCACCUGCUUGUCAAUGUGGGUGGUGACUUUAACCCGGACACAGGCCUCUUUCGUUGCCGGAUCGCUGGUGCUUACUACUUCACACUGACAGUAGGAAAGUACCCCAAGAAGUUGCUGUCUGUGAUGCUGGUAAAGAACAGACAGGAAGUGCAGGCUAUGGCUUAUAAUGAGUACAGGAAACAAAGCCGGAAGGUACAGAGCCAGAGUGCCAUGAUUAGCCUGUUGCCCAUGGACACAGUAUGGCUGCUGGUGCAGCAGAACCCAAACUACGCCCUUUACAGCACUACAGCUCCUUAUAUCACUUUCUCUGGCUAUCUAGUAUACCCAGAGUCUACAUCCUCUAUGGGAUACCCAAGCAACCACCUUGGCCCUGAGUGCCUGCCCCCGGGAGAUCCCAGUUAUAACUGGAGAGAAGCCACUGAAUAUCUCAGGUCUGCAUUUUCAGUAGCUCGGACAUCCUCUUUGCUGGGAGAAAGCAGUAGACAUGACAAGAGGGAGGCGCUGACAUUUGAUGUGGAGUAUGUCAACAUCGGUGGCCAUUUCAACAAGUCAUCUGGCUACUUCACAUGUCGAGUGCCAGGAGUGUACUUCUUUGCAUUCACAGUGGGGAAGCACCCUCGACGGGCUGUGUCAGUGAAGUUAAUGAAAGGGACAGGUGAGGUGCAGGCCAUGGUGUUUGAUGAGGACGCGUCACGAAAAAGAGAGAUGCAGAGCCAGAGUUUGUUGUUAGUACUGAACCAAGAUGACGUCAUUUGGCUUUACAGCCAGCAAGAUGAGCGCUACGCUGUUUACAGCAACCAGGGACGCUACACAACCUUUACAGGGUUUCUAGUGUACCCCAAGUCUGAUUUCAUGAACAAGGAAAGAACUUUCCAGUGAAGUCUGGUGCUCAAAUAGAAAACAUUAUUAGACUUACUAACAUCAUGUAUGCAUUAUGUCAUCACUGAUUUUUUUUCAAUCCAUAAUGACUUAAAAUAGAUUAUACUAUUAUCUCUUUAUGUGUUGUAAAACGUAAAUAAAUAAAUAAAUAAAUAAAUUAUUUGUCCAGAUAGGAUAUUUGUAUUUUAGGCUCACCAAUAAGUUUUCAUCAUUUAUUUGAAAUAAAAGUUAUUUUCCUUGAGUAAAUUUAACUUUCCUUGAGAAUUUAAAGAAUAAACAGUAAAACAAUAGCUACUUACAAUAUAUGUAGAUUUGAGCACGUAUUAUAUUUCAGUCAUAGAAUAUCAGUGAUGGCACCUCCGAUGUCUUUAGAAAUGUUUUUUAAGCGGAAAAAUAGAGUGUGCUUCAGCUGAAAUGGCUUCAUUCUUGAGAUCUUAUACUAAAGUUGCACUUCAGUAGUAGUUUCCAUCUCUGUCCCAGACUGAACACUGGUUUCCAAAGCUCCAGGAACCUUAAGAAAAAUGACUAUUCUUUUCAUAACUGCCAUAUAUUUAUUAAUUGAUGUUUUAAAAAAAUCAUAAUAAAGUAAUUUGAAACAAUACCGUUUUUUGAAAGUAGGACUUAAUUGUGUGAUUGCUGUGCAGCAUACCAAUGCCUUAAAAUCUGCUAUACAACAAA